UGCGGCCUCACUGGCAUCGAGGGGUCGUCGUCGUCGACGCACCAGCGAAGCGAAGCGAACCUCCACUCCUCUCCUCCUCCUCCUCGCCACUUGCGCGCGCGUCUCCGGCCGCGUCCAUUGCUGCUGAGCCGAGCGAGGUCGCCGAUCGAACGGUCGGUGGGGGUGGGGGUGGGGGUGGUGGUUCUUGAGGUGUCCGGGAUGGUGGAGGCCGUGGGAGGAGGAGCCGCGGAGGCGGGGCGGCGAUGGCGCCUGGCGGACGAGAGGUGCGACCUGCGCGCGGCGGAGACUGAGUACGUGCGGCGGUUCCACCGCCACGAGCCCUGCGACCACCAGUGCUCCUCCGCCGUCGCCAAGCACAUCAAGGCGCCCGUCCACCUGGUUUGGUCUCUGGUGAGGCGUUUCGAUCAGCCACAGCUUUUCAAGCCCUUUGUCAGCCGGUGUGAAAUGAAAGGGAACGUUGAGAUUGGUAGUGUGAGGGAGGUUAAUGUUAAGUCUGGGUUGCCUGCCACAAGAAGCACUGAGAGGUUGGAGCUGUUAGAUGACAAUGAGCACAUACUCAGUGUCAGGUUUGUGGGAGGUGAUCAUAGGCUCAAGAAUUACUCCUCCAUUCUGACCGUCCACCCGGAGGUCAUCGACGGCCGGCCGGGGACGCUGGUGAUCGAGUCCUUCGUCGUCGACGUCCCAGAGGGUAACACCAAGGACGAGACAUGCUACUUCGUGGAGGCCCUGCUGAAGUGCAACCUGAAGUCUCUUGCAGAGGUGUCUGAACGCCUGGUUGUCAAGGACCAAACCGAGCCCCUCGACCGGUGAUCGUUUCAAAAGGUUUUCAAGAGCUGUGUUUUCUGUUGCAUGCUUAAAUUAGAAUUGUGCAGAAGUUGCUAUUCUCCAAUGGAGCCCUUAGGUUCUUCUUCUUGCCUGGUUCAUGAGAGACUUGUGAGAGAGAGUGGUGCUACUGCUGUGCUAUGUCCAAACAAAAAAAAAAUGGAAAUAUUGUGUCUCCUCUUUGAGCCUCUGUUGCUGUUCUUUUGCACCCUUAAUUUGUAUGUCACAGGGUACAAAAAAAAUAUAUGUCUGGAA